CGCUACUCUAAUCCUCCCUCUAUAGUCCAUUCUCCGGACGUUGUGCUUAUAUCAGCAUCAUCUAUCCACCAUGUCCUACGACCAAGUUCCUUCCGAAUCCCAUCAGUUCAUCCAACCUGACGAAGACGACCUUGAAGCGCUCUCUUUCUCCCACCCUAAUCCCAAUCCGACCCCUUCCGGUUCUUCAUCCCAGCAGCAACCCCAACCCAGCCACGUUGCUGGCCCGUCCAACCCUUCGGGUGUGUCUGGUAAGAUUGGUCAGGAUGGGCCGAGCAAUAAACCUCGAGCGGCGACGAGCACGACGGGCUGGGGAGGCGUGAGGGUUGAAACGCGGUAUACGGGAGAGUCUACCUUGGACGAACCAGUAUCAAAGACCAUUAUGCGUGACCUCAACUCGAUCUACGCCAAGCUUAUACUCAUACUCUACCCUCCAAAAGGCGGUCACAGCCAGCUUCUUCGAGACUGGGACCUUUGGGGCCCGCUUGUCAUUUGUUUGGCACUCGCCAUCGUUCUCUCUAUCGAUGCGCCGCAAGAUCAAUCGAUGCAAGUCUUUUCGCUGGUUAUCUCUUUGAUCACUGUCGGAUCUGUGGUGGUGACUGUCAACUCGAAACUGUUGGGUGGGAAAGUCUCAUUCUUCCAGAGUUUGUGUGUGUUGGGUUAUGCAAUUGCACCGAUAUUGAUCGCUUCCAUUGUCUCCUUCCUCGUUCACAACAUCUUUGUCCGCAUACCCGUAACCUUGGCAUGUUGGGGCUGGUCCGUUUGGGCAUCAAUGAACUUUUUCAACGGUACACAGCUCCCAGAGAGCCGAACAUUCCUUGCCGUCUAUCCCAUGUGCCUCUUUUUCUUUGUCCUUGCGUGGAUGAUCAUCAUCCAGUAAAUUUGUACAUUAUGUCAGUGGGGACGGAGAAAAGUAUGCAUUACAACAGGGAAUGUCUACACAUAUUGAACACGCUAUACGAACAGAGAAUACAAAAGAUAAACGACUAUGUAGAGAGUUUGUCUUUACGUUCAGGAUCUCCAUCAUUUACCCGGAGUACUUUGGCGAAUUCUGGGUAGUUGAAACGACCUUGCCUAUCUGUGAAAGGGCCAGAGAAGAGUCUCUCAAUCUGCAAGAAGUUAUCAGCAGUGAUCUGCCUCAUGCAAUCAUCAUGGAAUCAGA